AUGGCGCCCGCCGCUUCAAAGUCGCGCGACAACCAGUUCUUCAAUGUCGGAGUUCAAGGAAGGAAAACGGGCAUCACGCUCAAGGACACAGGUGUUCGCGAUGAACAUGGAAUGGAGCCAAUCGACGGCAUCUUCUCGUCGCCGGAGAAGUCGCCGGAGCAGUCGCCGCCGAAGCGCAGCAACGCUCGCCAGCAGGCCGACAGAACCCUGACAUCCUCUGACAUGGACGUGCAGCAAAGUAUGCCCCGCAAGACAUUCGGAAACAAAAACCAGCGCUACGACAGUCUCAUAGACGAGCUACUGGCCAGCGAUGAAGAAGGUGCUAAGACAACACUACUCAACAUAGGUUCCAUGCCCGAGCCCGCCGACGCGCUCAGCGCCCGCAAGUCAAUUCGCCCCGGGAGGUCAUCCAUCUUUCCCCCGCCAAUGGGUCGCUCACCCAUCAAGACCUCGCUAGGGUCCUCCCCUCGCCGCCAGUCCUCCAUGGGCCCGCCGUCGGGCCUGCGCAGGACUUCCGAUGGACCUAACCGCGCAGGAUCUCAGCCUACCGUCGCGAGGCGGUUAGAUUUUGGUGCCGUCGACGAGACCAAUGCGAGAGCGCCGGGAAGUGGAAGCAGGAAUCGCGGCCCGCCCCGUCCAGACAUCUUCGACCUACCGACUUCGCCAGCACGCAACAAAAAGCGCACACACGAAGAGAGCUUUGUGGAGGAUGAGACGGUGCUGGAGGAGAGCGAACUCGCAAUCAAUGGCGUCGGGGAGGACAGCCCUCUGCCAGAUGUAGAGGAUACGCUGCCAAUACUCGACCAGGGGGGUGACACCGAGCCGGACGAGCCAGACGAGCCCAUUGAAGAAUCAAUGGAUAUUCCGGAAGAACCACAGCCAAGGCCAUCGCUCACUAAGGGUCGCGGCAAGGCAAGGAAGAGUUUGGACCGCAGAGAAUCGCCCCCGCCAGCACCAUCGCCCGCGCCGAAGAAAAAAGCAGGAAGACCAAAGAAGACUCAGGGAUUGGUAUCUGCAAGAGCAUCUAACGCUACUGUACCUGCAAGGUCGCGGACAGCUGUUCAAUCACGGCCGGUUUCGAACAGACAAGUCGAAGAUGAGAGCGCAAUGGAUAUCGAUCAGUCGAUAGAGGAGGCCUCAAUGCCGCAAGUCGGCGAGGAAGAGACUGAAGAAUUGGAAGAUAAAAUCGAGGAGGGUGAGGAGACGGAGCCAGACACAGAACCGGAGCAGGAACCAGAACCAGAACCUGAAGUUGAGCCUGAAUCGGAACCUGAGCCUGCAUCACCCCCUGCAAAGAAGAAACGUGGACGGCCCAAGACAGGCUCUAAACCUGACGUUCAUGUGGAUGAACCUGAGGAACCAGUGCAGCUUCCAGAACGGCCGGCGAAAAAGGCCAAGAAAGCGCCUGCAUCCAAGAAGCCUCCACCAUCACAGCGCGGCCCGAACGCGAGAGUAACCUCGAAAAAAGACAGUGCGAAAAACAAGUCAAAGGGCAAGCAGAAAGAGGACAUGCCACCACCGCCUCUACCACCUGUAUCUCAAACGAGCUCGCAGCCAGAGUCCAGUCAAUCACGUGCAGCGAGUCAAGCACGAAGUCUCCAAAUCCUCCGUCAGGGCACACCUUUUGAGGAUGUAGGAGCGAAGACUACCCGGUCAGGCAGAAUUUCGACGAAGCCGGUGGAGUACUGGCGCAACGAGAGAAUUGAGUACGGUCACGAUGGAACCAAAAAGGAAAUCAUUCGUGCAGAGGAUGUCGAAGAAACCAAGCGCCCUGCCGCCCGCGCAAGACCGCGCAAGCGAACUACUAAGCGCUCGGAAAGCGCGAUUGAAGAGGAGCCAGAAAUGGAGCUUGAGGAGUGGGAGAUUAAUGAGGGUCAGUUUCAGGGCUGGGUCAACGGCUGGGACGAGAAGCAAAACAUCAUCAUCGAUGAGGGAGGACGACAUGAAGAACUCGCAUAUUCUGCGGUCAAACUCCAAACAAGAGAAGUGGCAGGCGCAAACUUCCGAUAUUCGAAGAUUCUCGGGACACCCUUCUUUGGCGCUGGCAUGGUCGAUAUUCCACCGCACGGAUCGAAGCGCUCGAAGAAUUCUCGCCGCAUGUACAUGGCAUUUUGCCUGCUCUCGGGCAAAGUGAGUGUCACGGUGGGCGAUAAUGAGUUCAGCAUCAGCAAGGGUGGCGUGUUCAUGGUACCGAGAGGUAAGUGCUGUUCCGUCUUAUAA